AUGGAUUUUAUAGAGGGUCUACCUAAAUCUAAAGGCUAUGACUCCAUUCUCGUCAUAGUGGACAGACUCAACAAAUUUGGUCACUUUAUACCCUUCAGACAUCCAUUCACAGCCAAAGACGUUGCCCAAAUCUUUGCAAAGGAAGUUGUCAAGCUGCAUGGCAUUCCAAGAUCUACUGUGACUGACAGAGGAACUAUAUUUACCAGCGCUUUUUGGCAAUCACUCAACAAACUUCAAGGCACAGAAUUGAAAAUGAGUUCUUCUUAUCACCCACAAACAGCUGGGCAAACAAAAGUGAUGAACCGAAGCUUAGAGAAUUAUCUCUGA